AUGGCGGCGGCAGCGGCUGAAGACAACAGCCUGUACCCGAUCGCGAUCCUCGUGGACGAGCUCAAGCAUGAAGACGUGCAGCUGCGCCUGAACUCGAUCCGCCAGAUCCGCAUCAUCGCGGAGGCGCUGGGUCCCGAGCGCACGCAGAACGAGCUACUGCCCUUUAUGAACGACUCGCUGGAUGACGAGGAUGAGGUGCUGCUCGUGAUGGCCGAGGAGCUCGGCGACUUCGUGGACGUGGUGGGCGGUCCGGCUCACGCGUACUUGCUGCUGAAGCCGUUAGAGUCGCUGGCGACAGUGGACGAGGCCUCGGUUCGUGACAUGGCAGUGCGCUCGAUCUGCAAGGUGGUGGAGGCAAUGGAGCCUGAUCACGUGGCGGAACACUUUGUGCCGGUGCUCCGGCGUCUUGUCACGCGCGACUGGUUUACGUCGCGCAUUGCGUCGUGCAGCCUCUUCCAGGUCGGCUACGCGAGACUUUCGGCGGAGAUUCAGGCUGAAAUGCGCGGCAUGUUCGGGCAGCUUUGCCGCGACGACACGCCUAUGGUGAGGAAGGCUGCGUCCGCUGCACUUGGUGGCUUCGCUUCCGUUAUGGACGGUCCUAGCGCCAGCGCUGAGAUGCUGCCGCUGUACCUGGCGCUGGCUACGGACCGCCAGGACUCGGUCCGGAUACACACGAUCGACAACGCUGUCGCGCUGGCACGCUUGGUCCCCGCUGAAGUUCUCCCGACGCAGGUGUUGCCGACCAUCUUUGAAACGGCGCGUGAUGGCUCGUGGCGCGUGCGGUGGUCCGUGGCCAACCGCUUCCCGGAAAUUUGCGAGGCCUUGAAUGCAGAGACCAUCAAUUCGACGUUCUGUGACUCGGUGGUUUCGCUGCUGGAGGAUAAUGAGGCUGAGCGUCUUGCGCGCGACAUGUCGGAUCACGUGCGCUCCGCUCUGGCUGCUGUGGUGAUGAAGGUCGCCCCAUUCCUUGGACGCGACCUUACAAUUGAGCACCUCUUGCCCCUCUUCUUGCUUCUACUGAAUGACCAGAACUCGGAAGUGCGCUUAAACGUCAUUUCAAAUCUGGAAGAGGGCAACAAGGUUAUUGGGAUCGAGCUUCUCUCGCAAUCGCUCCUGCCUGCUAUUGUGCAUCUUGCGGAAGAUCGCCAGUGGCGUAUCCGUCUGGCGAUCAUAGAGUACAUUCCGUUGCUAGCGGCACAGCUGGGACGCGACUACUUCGAAGAGCAGCUGGCGGAGCUCUGCAUGUCGUGGCUUGUGGACAAUGUAUUUUCGAUCCGCGAGGCAGCCACGAUCAAUCUGAAGAAUCUGACGGAGCACUUCGGCGUGGACUGGGCACGGACGAGCGUGGUGCCGCGGAUCUUGGCCAUGCACUCAAACGCCAACUAUCUGCACCGCCUAACCUCUCUGCACGCAGUUAAGGUGCUUUGUGAAGCGAUGACUCCCGAGACGAUUCAAACACUCCUUAUCCCUUUGGUGGUGGAGCUGGCUCAGGACCCCGUUCCGAACAUCCGCUUUAACGUUGCAAAAACAUUGGAGGUGCUCGGCCCUAAAGUAGACGCGGAGGCGUGUGCGAGCACCGUGACCCCAUGCCUCACGGCUCUGCUGCAGGAUGGCGAUGCCGACGUUGUCUUCUUUGCGCAGCGGGCGCUCGCUACGCUCGGCUAG